GCUUAUUUCGUGCUAGCCGAAGCCGCACAGGCUCCUACUACCUAGAGUUUGUUGACUGCCUGAUUCUGAGUCAGUUCCUGCUUUCUGAAACAUCUCCAGAGCUUCGGGCUGUUUAGUGCGCCCGCCCUCAUCACCUCCCCACGGCCAAGGCUCCACACAGCUGAGCUCUGGCUGCGUUAGCUUCGGACCUUUCAGGUGUCUAAGACUAAAACCAGCUUCUUACGGCAACAGGAAGAUUGUUAGAACAGAAGUUCCUGUUUCCCGGUCAUGGCAUGUGAGCGCAGCCCUCUUCUGGCCCAUGGGAUCUUCAGCAUGGUGGCUGAUAAUGGAGACUCCAGGAGGGGCUCCUCAGCAGCUGGAGACAGCUCCUCCAAAGCCAACCCCCGCACUCUAAACACCUUCUUCGGGGUGAUAGUGCCCACCAUCCUCUCCAUGUUCAGCAUCAUAAUCUUCCUGCGCACUGGUUUUGUUAUAGGCCAUGCAGGUCUUCUCUAUGGUCUGCUCAUGCUGGGCGUGGCCUAUUUUAUCAUCUCCUUAACAAUCCUGUCGAUCUGUGCCAUUUCCACCAAUGGGGCGGUACAGGGUGGAGGAGCCUAUUUCAUGAUCAGUCGUUCUCUGGGCCCGGAGUUUGGUGGCAGCAUCGGCCUCAUGUUCUUCCUGGCGAAGGUGUGUGCAUGCGGGGUCUACGUGCUCGGCUUGGUGGAGGCGAUUCUGAACAUUUUCGGUCAGGAUGCAGCGGUGGGCAUGGCGCAGGGUAUACGUGUGCUCCCUCAGGGUUACUGGUUCUCUGUUCUGUACUCGUCUGUGCUGCUGUUGCUGUGUUUGGUGGUGUGUCUGGUCGGAGCUCACAUCUAUGCCAAAGCCUCUUUCAUCACCCUGAUUGUGGUCACUGUGGCAGUGCUGUCCAUCCUCAUCAGCCCGCUGAUAGUCGGCCCGCGCCACUUCAACUUAACACACAUGCUGGAUCACAACCACACGAUUAUACAUGGCGUUUACACGGGCUUCAACAGCAGCACACUCGCCAACAACCUCGGACCGGGCUACUCUCUGGACUACAGUACAAACAAGAUGAUGUCAUUUUCUGCUGUGUUUGCUGUGCUGUUCACCAGCUGCACUGGGAUUAUGGCAGGGGCCAAUAUGUCAGGUGAGCUGAAGAACCCCAGUGUGGCCAUCCCUAAAGGUACCAUCAUAGCUGUGCUGUACGCCUUCGUCGUGUACGUCCUCCUCUUUCUCCUCCUCAGCUCCACCUGUGACAGGUUGUUUCUGAUUAAUGACUAUGCUGUGUUCCAGCGUAUAAACAUAUGGCCUCCGUUUGUGAUUGUUGGUGUUUACUGUGCGUCUCUGUCUGCGGCGAUGUGUUCCUUGAUCGGAGCAUCCCGUAUCCUCCAUGCUCUUGCCGUCGACCAACUCUUUGGUUUGCCCCUGGCCCCUGCUGCCAUCACCUCCAGUUCAGGAAACCCCUGGGUCUCUGUGCUGUACACCUGGGUGCUGGUACAGUGCACAUUGUUUGCAGGUCAGCUGAAUGUGAUCGCAGAGUUGGUGACUGUGUUCUAUCUGCUGGCGUACGCUGCAGUGGACUUGGCCUGCCUGGCGCUGGAGUGGGCCUCUGCUCCCAAUUUCAGGCCUACAUUCCAGCUCUUCUCGUGGCACACGUGUCUGCUGGGCAUGCUGAGCUGUCUGGUCAUGAUGUUUGUGAUAAAUGCUGUUUACUCUUCAGCCAGUAUUGUGAUGCUGCUGCUGCUGCUGCUCUUCCUGCACUACAGGUCACCCACCAGCAGCUGGGGCUACAUCAGCCAGGCUCUCAUCUUUCACCAGGUACGUAAGUAUUUGCUGAUGCUGGAUUCGCGGAAGGAUCAUGUGAAGUUUUGGAGGCCACAGGUGCUGCUGAUGGUGUCCAACCCACGCUCCUCCUGUCAGCUCAUCAGCUUCGUCAACCAGCUGAAGAAGGGAGGCCUGUUCAUCUUAGGACACGUGCAGCUCGGAGACCUGGACAUGCUGCCGACAGACCCUGUUCAGCAGCAUUAUAACUUCUGGUUGAGUCUGGUGGAUAAGCUGGAUGUAAAGGCAUUUGUGGAUCUUACUCUUUCUCCCUCAGUCAGGCAGGGCACUCAACAUCUACUGCGCAUCACUGGACUGGGAGGUAUGAAGCCGAACACCCUGGUCCUGGGUUUCUAUGACAACUGUUACCCAGAGGACUACUUCCUACAGGAAGCUGCUUUCUGUGAGGGUGCGGACAAAGGCUCUGGUUCUUCUGCUGGUUUUGAAGGGGAUCAUUUUGGAGUGGACCUCCCAUCCCUACAGGCUCACUUCCCUCCUGUCCGUCACACAGAAAGCCCUCGCUUUCUGCAGCCGGAUGAGUACGUGGGCAUCAUCUCGGACGCCAUCAAGAUGGGCAAGAACGUGUGUCUGGCCCGCUACUUCUUCCAGCUACCACCUGAAGGAAAAGGAACGUCCGCAAAAUAUGGAGACAGCUCAGAUAUGAUUGACGUGUGGCCAUCCAACCUUCUGAGCGCAGACGGCAGUGGCAGCUUUGCUGACGUUUGCAGCCUUUUCCUUCUGCAGAUGGCGUGCAUUCUAAACAUGGCCACCAGGUGGCGCCGGGCAAGGGUCCGCAUUUUCCUAUGUGUGGAGGCAGAGUCUGGAGACCAGGGCUGGCUGGCCAAAGAGGAGAGGUUUAGAGAGCUGCUGGGCAAGUUGAGGAUCCGAGCCACCAUCAAGAUCGUAGCCUGGGACCGUGUGGUGCGAUUGCUACGAGGAACUGAUUCCACAGCUCCCCCUGUAGCUUCGGAGGAAUUCUUAUCUGCGGUCAACUCACUCCUAAAAGAGCACAGUACGUCUGCUGCUGUGCGCUUCCUCUAUCUGCCACGCCCACCCACCAAUUCUGGACAAUCACAGCAGUACUUAGCACAGCUGGAUGCAGUUACUCAAGGGCUUGGUCCCACCCUUCUGAUUCAUGGACUGACCCCUGUUACAUGUACUGAGCUUUGAGUGACUGUAUGAGCUUUGAGUGACUAAGAUUAAAGGAAUGUUUUGGCCAAAGGUUAAAUAUAGACCGUUUUCCUCUUCUAUUCCAAAAUAUAGUCAGUCAGUCAAAAUCAAAAAAUGGGAUCUGAAGUUUGUUUCUCUGGUUUUGCGCUGGUUAGUGUAGCUAACAAAAAAGGUGGAGACCUAUAGCCAAAGGAUAGCAUAGCUAAAUUUGGGCUAAGGGGAGAAUUUUUUUUUUUUUUUUUUUUUUUGUGCUGAACCAUCACCAAAUGUGUUUAGCCUGAUCUGCUACAUGUGGGAUUAUACAAGGGAAUGCACAGAUUGUUUUUGGAAAUAUUGUCUUACAUACCUAAAAGUUGGUUUAUGUUGUGUGGACCUCAUCAGGCCCUGCUUAAUCACGGUAAUGUGUUGGUUUGGUCCAAGUUUACUGUUUUUUCUUUUUUCACAACGUGAAAUUUAUUUUCCUUUAUUUAAAGAAACAACCUGAACCAAAAGAAGAUGAUGGGUUUGUUUGUUGCGUGUUUAUCAAUCACUGUUACAUUGUAAAAACAGGCCAUGAACUGUUCACGAUUUACAAUAUACGCACGUUCCAAAAGCAGCCUUUUCUGCUUUUUUGCGAUACUAAUAUUGACACCUUGGGUCCGUAUCAGUCCAGCACUCAAUACUUUUUCUUUAAAAUUAGCUAUUUUCAUUGGAGGGCUAUCCUGCCUUCCACGCAAUGACCGAUGGGUUAGGCUCCAGCUCCCUCCACAGUCCAGAUGGAUAAGUUGUUUGUGUGUGUUUGAAGGGCUUCUCUUAAGAUGCACAUCUAAAAUUAGGCUUCUAUGCUCGAAGUACUUAAGCACUCUACUACCCCACACAGCUAACACUACAUCAUACAGUGUGAGUGUAGUAUUUCAGGGCAGACUUGUUACAGGAUUGGAUUCCAGCCCACCCACUCCCCCUUCUCCCCCCACUGUUAUCUGUUUCACAUCAGCCAGAUAGCGAUACUUGGGUGUUGGAUCAGUGCCAUUUUUGUCCUAACAACGUUUUAAGGCAUUGUGAGAAUGUGAUGGAAAUUACUGUGGUGUAAUGAACCUGAUCCCAAACCUUGUUCCAAAGAGCCUGUUAUAUAAACAUGCCUGUUAUAUAACUAAAAUUGUGCUUUAGUUAUAUAUUUCGUGAAUGUUGUAUUUGUAUUUUUUUUUUUUUUUCUAUUUUUAUUGUUACUGUUAUCAGUUUUGUUGCUGUUCCCUUACAGACCAGUCUAUACUGUAGUGGUUAGUGUUUUCUCUGUUCUAACACUGUUUCAUGUUAAUACUUAAAAGGAGUAGCAGUACAAGUAAAAUACUGCACUUAAACACAGUGUGCAUGUGCUCUGGCAAGUCACUCUGUAAAGAUGUCAGUGUCGGGUUGUUUUUUUGUUACUUAUUAACGCCAUGCACAAACAUUGAUUCGACUCGAAUGAGCAGUCUGUUUUUAUCUUGGUGAAAAUUGAAGAUAAUUCACUCCCUUCCAAGUUUUGACUUGUCUUUGAAUACUCUUUUCACUGUGCUCAGUCAGCAGAUUCAUCUGCUUGGGGAAGGGGUCCAAAGCACAACCCACGUUAUCAAACAUUCUUCUGCACGUUGCGUGCCAUUACAACGUUUAAAUCGGAGAAGUCUCCAAAUCCCCAAAACUUACAUUAGUGCAGCUUGUGUCAAAUGUGACGGAGAAAAUCCUAAACUAGGUAGAUUAGGAAACCUGGGACGGAAAACGAAAUUAGGCCUUUGCGUUAAUAUCCAAGUCUUUUUGAGCCAUAGUUCACCAGCUGCUUCCUUGCUCCGGGCCCAGUGUGAAUAGCUUGAGGAGCCUGUUCUAAGCACUGUAUGUCUGUUUAUGAGGUUAGAGAUUAGAAGCCUAUUGAUACGGGUACUAAUAGUCAUAGUAUUAUAGAUUGAGAGACCAUUACUUCUGCAUUCCUACACCAAAUAUGGAAACAUUAUAGGAUGUGCAGGUUGUGCAAUAUUGCAUUAAUAGGCUAAAGAUAAAUGCAGCUUGUUUGAGGCAUGUCCAGUGCAAUGCCUUAUGCUUAUGAUAUUUAUUGUGUGAUAAGUAGAUUGUGUCAUGUCACAGCUUUAUUAUUAGUGUAGCUGAGAGUAUUUAACAGUUGAACCGGAACUUUCAUUACAGGUACACCGUGUAUUCGUGCUUGAUUUCCUCAGUGUGUUGUAAGGACAUUUCUAAUCCUACUACUAUACUGAGGGAUCUGAUAAAGACUGGCUUUUCAUGUUGUCCAUCCAUUUUACCUCGGAGAUAAUCUGUGAGAUGGGCAUGUAAACAAUGUGCUCUUGAAAAAGAUGCCUACACUUCUGCAGCAUGUGGUUCCCGUGUGUGGGCGUCUGCCUUGGGAAGUGCUUUUGGUCACUAGAUGCUGCCUCUGUCCCUCACUGGAUAUCUCCUCAGAAGUAUCUUCUGAAAAAUAUGAACUUGCAUUUAAUGACUGUAAAAUACAUUUAAAUUAGCCUGUGCUAACUGACUGUGCAGCAGGUAGAGAUGGAGCUUAGGUUGAAAAAUAGUGUUUCUUUAAUGCCAGAUCACAGACUGUGUUCAUAAAGACAUGUUGGAAAAUGGGAACACUGGAACAAGCCAUGGAAAAGGGUUUUCGUUGGAGUGCAAAGACAACUUUAGGCAUAGUGAAUGGAGAAGCAGAUGUUUGUACUUCUGUUGGGAAAACAUAACAGGUGUGGCAUUGUUUGGUCAGGAACAAGUCAAGACCAUUGUUUGGUCUGUCAACACUGCAGUAAAAAACCACACAAGUCAUUGGUCUCAUGUACUUUGUGUAAUUUAACAUAAUAAAUUUGCUAUAUUGUGA